AUGGCUCCAACCAUCCUCGUCGUCGGUGCCACAGGCAACACUGGCCAGGCUGUUGUUGAAACCCUGCCAAAGUUGCUUCAAUCAAGCAAGACUUUGUCCGACCACCGCAUCAUUGCUCUUACUCGUUCCUCCAAGAGUCCAGUGGCCCAAAAGCUCGCCAAACUGCCUGGAGUUGAGGUGAUGGAGCAGAACUGGAUUGAAAUCACCUCCGACUGGCUCCGUGAACAUCAAGUAGUCAGAGCAUUCAUUGCACCACACAACGAGCCGAGUCAAUUUUCCGAGGAGUCUACAUUCCACGUUGCCGCCUUGAACGCCGGAGUCAAAUACGUUGUCCGAAUCUCGACCACUGCUGCAAAUGUCCGCCCGGAUUGUAAAGCUUACUAUCCACGUACACACUGGGCGAUCGAGGCUCUGUUGAGCUCGCCCGAAUUCAGCAACCUGCAGUGGACUUCACUCCAGCCCAACGUCUUUACAACUUUCUAUCUGUCGGGUGCUGCGGAAUUCAUCAAACAGUACCGCAAAACCGGAAAACAGGGGGGGCUCAAACUGAUGGCGUCGAUGGAUGCGCCUGUUGGUGUGAUUAAUCCCAACGAUGUUGGAGUCUUUGCGGCUCAUCUUUUGUCCCAAGACGAUACUGCUGUGCACAACAAGGCCAAAUAUGUUCUUAAUGGACCAGUUGAUAUUACUGGGAAGCAGGUCGUGGAUUUGGUCGAGCAGUACACUGGUACACAGGUUGAACAUGUCGACUAUCAAGAUAUGUCGUUCGUGGAUAUGCUCUAUGAGUACCAAUAUGCGCCGACCCAUCAAUCAAAGAACGUGAUCACCUCUAUCAAACACGCUGCGGAGACUGCAUGGGAUGGAAAAUGCACGGCUUCGACCACGAGCAAGGCAGUGUUGGAGCUCGCUCCACCCAAAAUUACACCUGCUGAGGCAUUGAAGGGACUUCUGGAGGGGUAA